AUGUUUCCUACCGCCGCCCGUCUCUCCCAGGCGGUUCGUGUUACGCUCUUCACUCGUGUCGGCUGCGGACUGUGCGACACGGCAAAACACGCCGUAACUCAAUUACACAAGCGGCGGCCCUUCGAAUACUCUGAAUUGGAUAUUAUGGUCCCUACCAACAAGCCCUGGAAGGAUGUUUAUGAGUUCGACGUCCCCGUCUUACACGUCCAGUCUGUCAAGGGUCAAUUGGAAAACGGAGAAGCCGAUCUCUCGGAUCCAAAGAAACUGUUCCAUCGGUUCACUGAGCAAGAAGUCGAAACGUUGGUCGACGAGGCCGAGAAGGCGAAAUCAUGA